UGUUUAUUGUCUGGAUUGUUACUUGCCGCGCUUACACAAAACUGUUUACAUAUUCAACACAUUGUCCACAAAAGCGCGAAAUUCUCGACGAAAACAAAAGCCACCUCUACCUGCGAUACAGGCUUGUAUGAGUCUGACCAUAUAUGGAGAUGGUAAUUACCGGAUGGGCGAGGUCACCUGGCUGCGUCAGAUCCGAAACUACCUGAUGCAGCUCAUUUCCUCAAUCUGCUCGUGUCGAUACGACUGAAGGGAUCGACUGUGACGGAUUUUAAACAUAUAGCCUUUAAAACGCUGGAGGAUUUUUAUCUCCAGGUUUUCAGCUUAUCGAAUGGAGACUGUGAGGAUUGUACGAUUAGGAGUAUUUAUUUUUCUCUGUCAGGUACUUUCGUGUGGAUUCGCCGAGGAGUCGCCAUGCACACCUGGAUUUGACUCGGAGUUAUUUGUGUUUAAAGUGCACAGAGAGCACCUUCACAGAGGAAAAAGACUAGGAAAAGUAACCUUUAAUACCUGCGAUGGAAGACCGAGGGCACUUUUUCAGUCCGCCGACAAGCGGCUUGAUGUGAAAACUGAUGGAAGUGUGAUACUGAAGAGGCAGGUGACUCUCUAUGAAGGACAUAAGAUGUUUGCUGUACACGGUUGGGACUCCAGUGGUAUAAAGCACACAGCAUUUAUCAGAGUUGAACGUGCUCGCCAUCAUGAGGAUCAUCACUUGGAUACUGCAGUGGACGUCACUCCACAGAUGGAAACUGUACCAGAUGAUUUGAUCGUGAGGUUUCCAAGGUCUUCAGCAGGUCUAAAGAGAGCAAAGAGAGGUUGGGUUAUUCCACCGUUGCGAGAAUCUGAAAACAAAAAAGGUCCUUUCCCACAAUUUCUGGCUCAGAUCAAGUCAGAUUAUGCUUCGGAAACUACGUUGACAUACAGUAUCACAGGUGAAGGAGCAGAUCUGCCACCUGUGGGUCUUUUCACAUGUGAUAGACGUUCAGGAUCUGUUUAUGUGACGCAGCCACUCGACAGAGAGAAAAAAGCUUCAUAUAAACUCAUUGCUCAUGCUGUUGGAGAAGGAGGAGUAAGAGAGAAGCCAAUGGAUAUCAUUAUUGAUGUGAUUGACCAAAAUGAUAAUAAGCCAGUGUUUACUCAAAAUCCUUUUAAUGGAAAUGUUCCUGAAGCUGCCCUUAGAGAUUACGAGUUUAUGACGGUCACAGCCACUGAUGCAGAUGAUCCAGAAACUGAAAAUGCUAUUAUCAGAUACUCCAUUAUCAGCCAAGAUCCACCAUCACCAAAUCCAAAUAUGUUUGACAUCAAUGCUGUAACCGGAGGGAUUCGUGUGAUUGGUUUAGGCCUGGAUAGAGAGAAAUUUCCCAAAUAUACUUUGGUCCUUCAGGCUGCAGACAUGGAAGGAAAGGGUUAUCCAACAACCGGCACAGCUGUUAUUACUGUCACUGACAGCAAUGAUAAUCCACCUCAAUUUGAGCCAGAAAUGUACACUGUAUCUGUCCCUGAGAAUCAAGUUGGAGUUGAAGUUGUCAAACUCACAGUUACUGAUGGAGAUGAACUUGGAUCACCUGCCUGGUCAACUAAUUAUAAGAUUAUCAGUGGUGAUAAAUUAGGAGUUUUUAAUAUCAGUACUGGACCCAGUCAGCUGGAGGGAAUCAUCACCACUGUGAAGCCGCUGGACUACGAGAAGACCAAGCAGUACAUUUUGUCUGUGAUUGUUGAGAACGAUGAUCCGUUUGUCGGCCCUUUGCCCACCUCCACCGCCACAGUCACUGUCAAUGUUGAGGAUGUGAACGAGCCUCCGGUGUUUAAUCCAAAGGAGAAGCACAUUAUUAAACCUGAAAAUGUUCCUGUUGGUAGUGACUUGGUUGCUUUUACAGCCACUGAUCCAGACAUUGGAAGAGCACAGAAGUUAACGUACAGAAUCGGCAGUGAUCUCGCUGGCUUUCUCAGUGUCGUUGAAGAUACGGGAAUGAUCAAAGUCAAGGAACUUAUGGACAGAGAAUCUAACCAUGUCAAAGAUGGCAAAUACAAAGCUCUCAUUCUGGCCAUUGAUAAUGACGAAACCGCCAGAGCGACCGGCACAGGAACCCUGAUCAUUGAGCUGGAGGAUGUGAAUGAUAACGCUCCCUAUAUUAAUGAAAGAGAAAUAAAGAUCUGUAAUCAAGAGGCGCCUCCAGUCCUCCUCUCCAUCACUGAUAAAGACUUACAUCCCAACGCUGGACCCUUUAGUGUUGACACUUAUGGAGACACGAUGAAAAACUGGACUGCCAAGAUGAAUGAUUCAGCAACCGGCAUUGAGCUGAUGCUUAAAUAUGCGCUGGAGCCUGGCGUCUACAAUGUAGUUCUGAGAGUUUCCGAUCAGCAGAAGCUGAAUCAGGACAGCACGAUUAAAGCCACCGUGUGUGACUGCAAGGGUGAAAGUGUUGUGUGCAACGACUUCCGGGCAGCUGGGUUGCCGCUGUCUGGAGUUCUCGGAAUCCUCGGUGCCAUCUUGGCUCUGCUGUUACUCCUGCUGCUGCUGCUCUUGUUCAUGAGGAGGAAGAGCGGAACUAAAAAAGAGCCUCUUCUUCCUGAAGAUGAUGUCAGGGACAACAUCUACUAUUAUGAUGAGGAAGGUGGUGGUGAAGAUGAUCAGGAUUAUGAUUUGAGCGUGCUGCAUCGAGGUCUGGACAACAGACCACAUGUCUUCAGAAAUGAUGAGAUGCCUAUUUAUACCACUGCACCUCAAUACAGAACUCGACCUGCCAACCCAGAUGAGAUCGGCACGUUCAUCGAUGACAACAUGAAGGCUGCAGACAACGACCCCACUGCACCUCCCUACGACUCCCUGCUGGUGUUUGACUAUGAAGGCGGAGGUUCGGAUGCCGGCUCUCUCAGCUCUCUCAACUCCUCCAGCUCCGGGAACGACCAGGACUAUGACUUCAUUAAUGAGUGGGGACCACGCUUCAAGAAGCUGGCAGAUAUGUUUGGAGGCGGAGAGGAUUAAGACGCCAACUUUGAGGGCUGUUUCGCUUUUGGUUUUCUCCCAGUGUGAGUGGCACAUGGAAAAGUGUGAAAUAUGGGACGGUUUUAUACAAUUUUCACUUUGUCUGGUGAUUGUAUGUUCUGUUUGAAGUUGGACUUGGAAUAAUAGCACUGUUGAUACACCGCCAACUUUAAGGAUAUAUUGACUUUCACAAGUGUUUACCCAUCCUAAGAGUAGUCUGGAUGGGAACUUGGCUGAAUUUUUUUAAUGCCGCUCCUUCUUAAAGAUGUAUAUUUCCUCAGAGAAUGAUUUAUAGGUAAUGAGCUGUGACGCAGCUUAUGUUGUUGGUCUUAAAAUGUAAAAUACCUUAUACAUUUUGUUAUGCAUUGUUAAAUGAACCAUGAUUUUGUUACCUUUUUACAGCUUUUUUGGCAUUAAAGGCUAAUCCAAAACAUUAACUGUACUGUACAUUUUUUUUCUUUUUCAAAGAGCACUGAUGUGAGUUGUUUUUUUUAUUUGCAGAAAUCCUCUUCUGUCCUUUAAUUCCUAGGAUAUUAAUGAAAUGUGUUACUUUGUGUAUGUUUAGGCAGUACGUUUUAAAACAAUGCAUAUUUUAUUAAACAAGUUACUUAUA